AUGCUUGUUAUUGAUGAUAGCUGGCAAGGUCAAGGACCUGUUUUGUACCCGUUGGAUUUCAUGGACAGACCACAGGUAGUGAAUGCUGGCUGCCUGUUCCUGAGUCGGGCCAUACCUGUGACAGAUGAACAAUUCAUGAACCUGAAAGCUGGAUCAGUGAGCAUUAAUAGCAAAAGUAUUACCGAUAGAUGCAUAAAUCAGUUCAUCAAGAACUGGGUUAAUGGGAAAUGCGUCGAAAGUUUCACCCAAUACACUUUCAAAUCACAAGCGAUGGAACGAGUGACCGCGGUUAUCCUGCAAGGAGUUCAGCAAAGCAUUGCACUUUCUGGCCCGGAUCAAUUUUUUUGUUGCUCCUGUGAAAAACCAUGUGGUCGUGGUGAUUAUUAUGUGAUUCCGAGCCUUGUCGAUCCCAACGACUACAUCAGCGUGUUCUUCUGUGCGCACUACAUGGUGAUCGCUUUCAAGGGAGCCGAACAAGAGAGUCUUAUUCGAUCGGCCGGAUUCUGA